AUGAAGUUCUUCAGUAAUGAACAACUGGCUUUCGUAUUCGGUCUCUUAGGUAACAUUGUGUCAUUCAUGGUAUUCUUGGCGCCAAUACCAACGUUUUACACAAUAUACAAGAAGAAAUCAUCCAAAGGCUUCCAAUCCAUACCUUAUGUGGUUGCCCUUCUUAGUGCAAUGCUGCUAUUGUAUUAUGGUGUCCUCAAGACCAGUGCCUUUUUGAUCAUCAGCAUCAAUGGCGUCGGAUGCGUUAUAGAAAUUAUUUACCUCAUAUUCUACAUUGUAUAUGCAUCCAAGAAGGACAAGAUUACUACAAUGAGUUUGAUACUGCUGGUGAACGUAGCGGCCUUUGGGUUGGUGACGGCGGUCACAGUCUUUCUUCUAGGAGAAGCCAAGCGUAUUAGCGCCGUUGGAUGGAUGUGUGCUGUGUUUAACAUUGCUGUCUUUGCUGCUCCUUUAAGCAUCAUGAGGCAAGUAAUAAGAACCAACAGUGUAGAAUACAUGCCAUUUUCUUUGUCAUUUUUCCUCACACUUUGUGCAACCAUGUGGUUCUUCUACGGCCUCUUCACAAAGGAUUAUUACAUUGCAUUACCAAAUGUGUUGGGAUUCUUAUUAGGCGUCGUUCAAAUGAUCCUAUACCUCACAUACAAGAAUUCAGGGAAAAAUGAUGCAGAAAAUAAAGGCAGUCAAAAUAUGAAGGAAGUUCAUGAGCCGCAACCGCCCGAAGCUGAUGCGCAGUGUUAG